CUUUCUAUUUUUUUUUAUCAAUGUUUAUUCUGUGAGCAUCGAACGCGUGUAGUGGUGGUCCGUCUUUCUCUUCCUGACCUUUGUGUUCACCGAAUUUACCUAUUUCCUCGCUUCCUUCCCGGACUCUGAGCAGCUCCUCCUCCCCCACACUCAGGUGUGGCGCUGGCAAUGGCAUGAUGGCGUCGGGCAAGGAGCGGCGUGGUGCCUACGAACACGACUCCUCCAGCGACACCGAUAAUCCGGAUUCAGACGGCCGACGACCCCGUCCCUACCGGAACCGAUUCGGAUACCAGAGCUCCAGAUACAGUUCCUCCCCCAAGCCCAAGUCAUGCCUAGUGCAGCGAGGGGAGGCGGGAGGGGCCAUGGCCAUCACUCACCACGCCCACCCAGGCUCCUCCCGUCCUCACCACCAUGAGUCUGCCAUCCCUAAAAUGACCCACCAGCAAAGAUCAGGGAUGAGGAACAGAGGGGUAGUCCAGCGUGGCUCCCUUGGGCACUCCUCUUCCCAUGAAGACUCGUCGCCCCACGCCUCCCCGCACCCCUCACCACACCCAUACAGUGCAUCCAGAACCACAGUGCAGCAGACAUCCCACCAGUGCCCUCACACCAAGGAGCCUGGCCAGUCCCUCCCCUCGAGUGACGACCGCAUCACCCUGGUAGUGGAGGGAACGCGUUUCAUCGUUGACCCGGCCAUCUUCACUGCCCAUCCCAACACCAUGCUUGGAAGAAUGUUUUCGUCUGGGCUGGAGUUCACACAUCCUAAUGAGAGAGGGGAGUUUGAGGUGGCUGAGGGCUUCUCAUCGGCUGUGUUCCGUGCCGUGCUUGACUACUACAAGACGGGGACGGUGCGCUGCCCUCCUUCUGUCAGUGUGCAGGAGCUGAGGGAGGCCUGUGACUACCUUCUCAUCCCCUUCGAUGCCAACACCAUCAAGUGCCAGAACCUGCGUGGACUCCUUCACGAACUAAGCAACGAAGGAGCACGAAAGCAGUUUGAGGUGUUCCUAGAAGAGCACAUCCUGCCCUUGAUGGUCCUAGCAGCUCAGAGAGGUGACAGGGAGUGCCACAUUGUCAUUCUAUUGGAUGAUGACACCGUGGAGUGGGAUGAUGACUACCCACCACAGAUGGGAGAGGAAUACAGCCAGACCGUUUGCUCAACCGCAAUGUACCGCUUCUUCAAGUACAUAGAGAACCGAGAUGUGGCCAAGCAGGUGCUAAAGGAGCGUGGACUCAAAAAGAUUCGGUUGGGCAUUGAAGGCUAUCCUACCUACAAGGAAAAAAUUAAGAAGAGACCAGGUGGACGAGCAGAAGUAAUCUACAACUAUGUCCAGAGACCCUUCAUCCGAAUGUCCUGGGAGAAGGAAGAAGCUAAGAGUAGACAUGUGGAUUUUCAGUGUGUCAAGAGCAAAUCUGUAACAGACCUCGCCGAAGCAACUGCUGACCCUGCUCUUGAUCGCGUGGUGACCUUAGAUCCACCACCCAUGGGUCAGGAGGCACCCCCAGAACCCCCACUGCCCCUAGAAGGGGCUGUGGGAGGGGCAGAGGGGGGCCAUCAAGAUGAAGGGGCAGUAGGGGGACAUCAUAAUCCCCCAAUGCCCCCUGCCAGUGAAUCCUAUCCUGAGUAUAUCAAGAGCAAAUCUGACCAACCUUGAGAACCAAUAAAUAACCUUGACGGCCUCGGCAGGUUGGCGGCCAUGAGGAGGCAACAUGAGGGGCAGUGAUGGGGUCUGUCUUGAGUGCUGCUGCUGCCGCUGCUGCCACCACAGCCACUGCACCUCUUGGCCACAGGCCAUGGCCAAGCCUCGCAUCCUUCGGUGCUGCCUCCCCUGCCCCUUGCUCUGAUCCUGCAACUUCUCCCCAGUCCAUUUGUCUUCCCUCUCCUUUUUAUUAUCCUCCUUCAUCUUCUGUUUCUCCCUCUCCCUUAUUUUUCAAAUCUACUGUUUCUCCUUCUCCAUCAUUUCAUAAAUCUACUGUUUCUCCUUCUCCAUCAUUUUGUAAAUCUAUUGUGUCUCCAUCUCCAUCAUUUUGUAGGUCUACUCUUUCCCCUUCUCCAUCAUUUUGUAAAUGUACUGUUUCUCCUUCUCCAUCAUUUUGUAAAUCUACUGUUUCUCCUUCUCCAUCAUUUUGUCACUCUUUUAAAUCUCGUCCCUGCCAUUCUCCUCCCCCUCCUCCUCCUCCUCCUCCUCCUCCUUACUCUGGUUCUUUCUUUCAUUACACCUCUCCUUCACUACCUUCUCUUUGCAACCCUUCUUCUCCUCCACCUCCUCCUUUAUCCUCUCCUGCCAGUGAUGCUUCCCCCCUCCUGGGCCCUGCCUCCAGCCCUCUGCUGUGCUCCAUCUGCCACACUCUGCUCACACAACUCACUGCACUCAAGGACAGAGUAUUUCACCGCCCCUAUGACCGACUAUAAAUCACGUAUCAGUCAAUCAGUGGAUGGGGGCAUGUCUCAUUAUGCACUUGGAAAUGCCCAUCCAUGCAAACUUUUACAUUCUUUACCCAAUAUCCAUCUUGGAAAUCUGCAUCUGAUAAGUCUCCUGAACUCUUAAUGCUGUUUUCACAAGAGACUCUGGAGGAGUUCCUGCUUUGAUAAAGAAACAUGCCAAGUCCUUCACUCCUGAUGGUAAGGUGUGAGUGGCAGCUGUGGCCUCCCAGCAUGUUUUUUUUAGGAGACUGCUUUCUCCUUGCCACCAAUAGACAAGUGAGAAGCCAUUGCCUUAUCAAGUGUUAUUUGCUGUUAUAAUUAUAAAUGGUUUGGUGCUUCUUUGACACUGUAUGAGUGACAACUUUGCCAUUUUACAUUAAAGUUUGGCCAAGUGCAUCUGCCUGUGACAUGAUGCAUCUUGUUGAGUCUCCUUUUUGGUAUAGAGGUGAGCUGUAGUUAGUGAUAGGGAAUGGCGAACUUUUAAAGUGUAGAGAUAGUGAGAACAUUUUACAUGAUAUCACAAAGAGGGAGAGAGUGAGAAACAGUAGGCAUCCUUUUUUAUUUCAUGUUUUCACAAGCAACUGUUUAAGUUAGUUUAUGUACAUACAUUAACUCAUUGUGUAUUAUUUCUAUACUGGUAUGUGAGAGAGAGAGAGAGAGAGAGAGAGAGAGAGAGAGAUAGUGUGUUUGUAUGAAUCGUUGAUUACUGAUAAUGGUUUACUAACCAUGUUAUUUUGGCUGUGGUUUGCUAGUAUCUGAUAACACAAGGUGGAUUACAUUAGCUAUGCUCGCAAGGCAGCUUAUAAUGUCAUCAUUCAUUCCACCAACAUUGUUCUUGUGUUGUUCUUUGAUGAUGUCCAUAAAUGUGUGUGAGAAGUGAUACUUAACCUGCUGCAUGAGGGUUUGUACACACUAGUAUGAUUAUUUGAUUACCAGUGUUUCUUUUGGUGACCUGGAGCUCUUGGGAAGGAAUGAUUCCCUGUAUAGAAGUAACCAGUGUUGCUAGACCAGUCCAAGAGCUUGUUUAUAUGUCAGCCAUGCACCACCACCUCAUGUUUGUGGGGCACAUGGGAUUUGUAGCAGCUGCCUUCCCUCUGAUGCAUUGUGAUGGCUGUUACUUUUGAAACUGUCCAAAGCUUUUGUUGAGGAGGAGGUGUAGUGGUGGAGGUGGUGGUGGGGUGGCUGUGGAGGAGCAGCUGUGGUGAAGUUGAUUCCCACACUCUUACAGUAGGUGCAGGAAAUUACUUGACAAGCUUUUUAUAUGACAUGGUUAUGCAUUUCCAUAAGUAUCAUACCAGUAUACCGUAUGAAAACUUUUUAAGAGAUGCAAAUUAGGUGGUUUAUGGUCAGAAAAGAUAUGUGUUUUCACUGAAGGAACCAUUUACAAAAGCCAUCCUAUAAUUUUCCAUGAAACAUAGGAUUGAAAAGAGAAAUGUGCAAGUAUCCAUGAUUUUAAGGUCUUCACAAAAACCUCAAGACAGGUUUUAUUCUUAACGUUAAGUAUUAAUCACUACAUUUAUUUUAACUUUUCUUGUUUAAACCAUAUUUUAUUUUUGUAUUUUAUUAUUUUAGUCUUGUGACCAAUUUUUGAGUUUUAUAAAUGGUUUUCUUUGACUAUAUUUAUCAAGGAAUGUCAUGUAUAAUCAAUUGUAUUCAUAUUUUGUAUUGGAGAUUAGUGUCAGGAAAGUGGCACAGAAUAAAAUAUUUAGGUGAGGUUGUCAGACUGUGGCUGACUGGGGUCUCAUGCUGGUGAUGGGUGAUUAGGUUGUGAUAUGUGGGCUGUUACAUCCUUACUAUCCACACCUCACAUUGCUGAACUACCUUUGUACACACACACACACACACACACACACACACACACACACACACACACACACACACAUCACAUACACACACUAUCACAACAAUGAAACACAAGUUACAUGACUAGGGCACAUGGGAUAUUUUUAGAUGUGAACAGAGAAUGCCAAGUGACACAGCAGCACAGUUAGUACUUACACUCUGAAACACACCAGCUACAUACUCAUGAUAUAUGCACCCUCCUCCUUUGUCAUUAACCUGAUUCACACUUGAAUACUCAGCAGUACUUUUCUCACAUUACUAAACAUUGUUUUUGUGCACUGGAAGUACUCAGUUCCUUUUACGAGUACUGUCAAGUAUAUUAUGCCUCUGAAUAUUUGAAUUGGAGUGCACAUUUAUAUCCAGUGAAUAGCCAGCCAGGCAGGCACACUAUGCAUACCAUUAGCACAUCCCAUCCACACUGCUACCUCCCACUAGCAGUGCUGCAUUAUGAACCUUUGUGGCCCUUAGAUGCUAAGGAUUUGGGGCCUUUAAGCUUGAGGCCUUUGGCAGCCCUUUCUCUUUGUUUUGUAAUUGAUAUUCUAGUUAUUACAAUGGCUUGUAGAGGUCCCCUUGACCUCGUGUAUUCCAAGGCACAUGCCGGCUGUGCCUCUUGAGCAAUUUGACUCCUGCCCACCAGCACCCCACACCACCCCAGUCACACUCCAUAGCUUCUCCUCGCAGUCCGAUGUUAAAUUUUUGGGUGAUGAAAACUUGUUAAGUGAGGUAGUGUUUUUGUAUAUUGAUGGAGUUUGUAGCCUCCUUCGUAUUGUAUAACGUGUUCGGCCUAUUCUUAUACUUUGCUUUGUGGGAGUGGUGGUCAUGGGCAUUUUUUAUUGUCCCAGCUCAUGACCAAUCUCCUUGUAUAUAAACAGUAAUAAUAAAUAAAAUCAGAUUAAUACAA